UACCGCGCAUGCGCCAUAUGUCUCCUUCAUUGUGCCCUGUCUCCGUCUCUUCAGUUAAGCUAGGCUAGCUGUCAAUCCACCCUGCAGCAUCACGCAAGGGACACUCCAGGCUUUGCAGACUCCCCUUGCUAACACCUUUGCACUGCACAAUGGCUGUCCCUCCUGCAUACUCAGACCUGGGCAAGGCUGCCAAGGAUAUAUUCAGCAAGGGCUAUGGCUUUGGCGUUGUGAAACUUGACCUAAAGACCAAAUCACAAAGUGGAGUGAUGGAGUUCAACACAUCUGGCUCCAGUAACACAGACACAGGAAAGGCCUCAGGGAGUCUGGAGACCAAAUACAAGAUGAAGGAACUGGGCCUCAGCUUCAACCAGAAGUGGAAUACAGAUAAUACACUGGCAACUGAAGUCACUGUGGAGGACCAGCUGGCUCAAGGACUGAAGCUCGCCUUGGAUACCUCUUUUGUACCAAACACAGGUAAAAAGAGCGGCAAGCUGAAGACAGGCUACAAGCGUGACUUUGUAAACCUGGGCUGUGAUGUUGACUGCGAGGGUCCCAUCAUCCACGCUAAUGCCGUGCUAGGCUACGAGGGCUGGUUGGCUGGUUACCAGAUGGCCUUUGACACAGCUAAAUCCAAACUGGUCCAGAAUAACUUUGCCCUCGGAUACAGGGCUGGGGACUUUCAGCUACACACCAAUGUUAAUGACGGGACUGAGUUUGGCGGUUCCAUUUACCAGAAGGUGAAUGACGAGCUGGAGACAGCGGUCACUCUGGCUUGGACCGCCGGCAGCAACAACACUCGCUUCGGCAUCGCUGCCAAAUACAAGCUGGAUAAAGACGCCUCCCUGUCUGCCAAAGUCAACAAUGCCAGUCUGAUCGGAGUCGGCUACACCCAGAGCCUUCGGCCAGGUGUUAAAGUCACCCUCUCUGCUCUGAUUGAUGGGAAAAACUUCAAUGCCGGCGGACACAAAGUCGGCAUGGGCUUCGAGCUGGAGGCAUAAAGUGGAUGACUCCGACCCCCCCCAACACAGGAAAAACCAAGCUCAGAACCACAUCACCACACACACUCUUCUACCCCCUGUCCACCGCCACUUUCUUGUAGCUUCUCCUCUCUGGACUCUUCCCCCCUCACACCUCCCUGCACAUACAGUGACCCCCCCCUUCCUUCCCCCGCCUGUGAUCACACAGUUCAGAGCAUUUUGACAGUAAUAGUCGAGUCUCUGCAUCAUGCUCAAGAGAGGAGCUCGAUGAUCCUGAAACUGAUGGUACAUAAUUGUGGAUUAUUCCAGUUUUAAGGUUUCUGAAGUGACACUAUUUAUUUCCUUGUAGGUCUUGGGUGAAGUAGUCAUUGGUGUAAAUGUGUAGCUCAUUAAAGCUUCUGUACUCAGUUGUCCCCGGCUUCCUCAAAGCAUGUAAGAAGAUAUGAAUGCAGAGUUGAAAGCCUAUUUGCUUGGUUAAAAAAAAAA